AUGUUGGUAGAUUGUACAUAUGGGUAUAGAAAUUAUGGUUGUCGCGGUGGUUGGCCGUGGAAAGCAAUGCAAUGGGUGAUACGAAAUGGUAUUGCAACACAUCAAAGUUAUGGUCGAUAUUUAGCACAAGUAAGAUGACUUAGGAGUCUUAGCUAGAUAUACGCAGGUAUAUAUAGACCAAAACUUUCUUAGUUUAAUCGGCACUGAUUGCCCGCGUGUCGUCUACAAACAUGAUUUUUAUUUAUUUAAACGGAAGUCUUGUAUCCGCCUUCCAGUCACAUUGCCACAGUCUGUUCAACAAAUAAUUAUGUCGGAGGUUGCUAGUAGCUAUUGAAACUACUUUGACUGAGUUACGGAUUAUUAUUGCAUUAGUAAAGCAUCACUCUUAUGCGCGUGCUCUGGUUUUGUAUUCGACCAAAACAUAUAGGAUUCUACGUAAAAGAUAUUGUCAUCAAUGUCAUGAAAUCCUUGCGCUUGUUCACAUGGCCAUUCGCCACAGUUAAUUUCGCAAUCACCUGUCACAAUGAUCACAAUAUAUGCAAGAUUUUUUAAAUGAAACUAUGAACUCUGCUUUUCCUCAAAUUGUUGUCUCGUUUAUUUUAGUACACCGCCUGACAAAUCUGUCAUAUUUUUUAGAUCAAUGGGAGGUCCACCCAUGAACCAUACCUGCGCGCCUAGGAUUAUUGAUGGGACUUUUCACGCCGGGAUUCAGCCUUCAUUUACCCGGGUGUAAAUAGCCGAGAAGAAGAUUUUUUAUACGUAUAUGCUAUACAACGAAAUGGCAGCAAAUAUAUUUUUUUCUUUUCUGUUAUGUCCUCCUUGCCGAAAGUCAUUUGCUGGGCUAUUAUAUAUUUAUAUUUAAAUUGCACUUAACGCCUGCAUGGUGUGUCAAUCGCUAAAUUGUAUAGUAUAUUCACUGCAAUAUAUCACUUCUGCUAACUUAAGAUUUUGGAUGACAGCAAGUAUGAUGAAAAGAUCGUGCCGUUUAAAUAGGUCCUUUGCAAAUUCUAAAUAUCAGAUGGGAGUGGAAAUGCUCAGUGAAAUAUGUGAAAUAAAAAAGGUGUAGUUAUACUGCGGCCAUGCAAGUUUACGUUUAAAUGGCCUGCAUGACAUAAGACUAUAUAGUGGAUCAUGUACAUGUCUGAUGGUUGUAACCUGAUAGAAUUAAGGUACGGUUUGAAUUGUAUAUGAUCAAGGCUGGUGUAAGACUUUUUCAGACAAUAAAUAAAAGCAUGUUAUAGGGAAUUAAUCAAGGAGAUUAGUAAACAAGAGGCAUUUUAGACUUAAGCAUUAUCUGGUCUUAUUUUGUCUAAUCAAUUGAAUUUUCUUACCCAUAAAUUUCUUCUACAGGAAGGUCUAUGCCAUUGUGGGCCUAAGGAUAAUUGCACAAUAUACCAUCCAACCAGCUUUGGUGACGUAAUGAGAACAAACAAAACAGCAAUGAAGGUGACAUUGGCAACUUAUGGUCCUGUCUCUGUUGGAAUAAAUUCAGCGCCAAAAUCAUUCAAGUUUUAUAGAGAUGGAGUGUAUGAUGAUUUCGAUUGUGGUAGGUCUUAA